AUGGCAAAAACCAAAGGAGGAGCAGGCUCCGGAAAUACCCAACCGCCGAAGAAGAAAGGCGCCAAACUCCCACCUCCAAAGCGUACCACAAGGCGGACCGCUUCGGAGGAGACCUCCACUAAAAUCACCGAAGACCCUUUGCUGAAGAUCCAGCCCGAGGACAAAGGGCGUGCCAAAGUCCUCCAACAAGAGGAACGAGAAGUAGCAAGAGCAGCCGCCGAGUCGACGCAACCGGAAGAAGGGGAGCCCGAGCUCACCCCUCCUGUGAAGAAAUCAAAGAAGGCUCAGGCGAGAGGGGAGACAGCUUCCGAGGAAACGGAAGCGGAGGAGGAGAAGGGCGAAGAAGAGAAGGUGGACGAGGAAGAGGAUGAUGAAGCAGAGAAAGUUGAGGCCGUUCAGGAGAGGGAAGUAGAAAUCCCAACACCCCAGAGCAAGAGACCCGGAGUGAAAAGAAAGCUAGAUGUUGCCAAACCCCCGCUACCAGUUAAGGCCAAACCGGCACCGGCAGGCAGUAAGACCCGAACAAAAGCUGAACAGAGUAAGAAACCAAGGAAACCCACUGCAGCCGAAAAAGGGAAGGCCAAGGAGAUGGAGGAGCCGAUGGAAGUAGACCCAGAGAGAACCGAGAUGGUUGAAAGCUCCAACUCGGAGGAUGUGGUCGCCCCUGCUAAGCCGGUGACGAGCACAAUCACCUCAAAACCCAAGGGCGUCAAGCGCAGGGGAGUGGUACGACCCAGUACUAUGGAGACGGUCAUACCGAGGGACAGUCUGAGGUAUGCCGUUUUACAGAAUCGGGAGAUAACUCCUUGGUAUUUUCUGGUGACUCAAGUGUUGGAGGAUUUCGGGAUAAAAGAAUGUGUGGAGGGAUAUUUCGAGAGCAUUGGUUAG